AUGCUUUAUACCAUAACUGAUGAUAAACGCAAAAUGAUAGCUUUACUAAUCUUAUGCACGUUAAUUAUCAGCUGUAACGCACAGAAUAAUCAAACUCUUCAUGUACCAACGACUACAUCUGUCAAUGAUAUAUUCAGUAAAGAUGAAUUCACAACUACUAUUGUCAGAAGUAUUGAGAAAACUCAACCAGAAUUACUUCCUUAUCAAGAUGAUAUGAAUGAUACUUUCAAUGAAAAUGAUCAUCAACCAAAUGUAACUCAUGCUGUGGACAAUUCCAACAGUUCUAACACCUUCAGUACAAAUAAUGAACAUGGAUCGACUGGAACUGUUACUACAAAUGAUUCUUAUCCUACAUUAUCAAGUUCACAUUUUGAUUCAGUCAAUGUGACUUAUGUUAUCCUACCAAGUGAAUUUUAUUUAGGCCAAACAAAUUUAAUUACAGUUCACAGUCGUGAACCAAGAACUAAAUUACAAAUCUUUAUGAAUUUAACUGAAUUAUCGGAUACAAUCAAGGAUGAAAGUGUUUACAAGUUGCAUCGAUUAGAUGUACCACAGAAUUGGUAUGGUUUAGAUAUUCCAUAUAAGAUUCCUUUUGUCUUUGAUCAUGAUGAUUCUCUACGCGUGAAAUUAAUAUUUCGAUUCACACACUGUUUAAACAACAACCAUGCCAGAGAUGAUGAUGAUGAUGAUCUUGAGAAUAUUGACCAGUGUACCAGAAAUGAAAGUACUGAAGUCGUGCAUUCUGUUCUGUUGAAACAACUACCGAUAGUAAUCCUCGGUGAAACUGAUAAACCCUUAUAUAGACCCGGUGAGUCUAUACAUUUUCGGUAUUUAGCGUUAAAUACAAACAGUUUAUCACCGAAAUCAAGUACUAUUCCUCUGCCUAGGAAAAAACUUGUGAUUAAAAAAGCAUCUAUGGGUGAAUUAAAGAAUAUGAGUAAAACUGAAUUAUUUAAACUGGAAAAUAUAAUUUAUAAGGAAAUCUAUAUAACUGAUCCUAUGGAUAAUCGUGUUAGAAAAUGGAAAGAAACACUUGAAUUUACAGUAAAGAAAUACACGCUUCCAAAAUUUACCACUUUACUAGAAACUCCAAAGGUUUUCAAUGUUGACUCAGAAUAUGUACAAUAUUCAAUAUGUGCAAAAUACACAAAUGGACCACCACUUAAAGGGCAUACAAGGUCAAUUUUGUGUGCCUGUUCUAGAUAUGCUUGGGAUGAAAAGUUUCACCAACUGGAUAAUGAAAAAACUGUAGAAGCUAUAUUACAGACUCGUAAGUGCCCCUCUGACGGUUAUGAAUCAAAACACAGACCAUGUAUUACACACAAUCAACCAUUGGAAGUUGAUGGUUGUGCAAAAUUCAAUGUGUCAGUUAAAGAUUUCGCUCUAUCUACAGAUAAAUAUCCUCAAUGGAAUCAGAUAAGCAUCUUAUGUGCCCAUGUAGAAGAAGAUGGUACUGGUUCUAAACUUUAUAACUGUUUGAAAGGUGAUGAGAUCAAAUUUAAUCAACCAACUUUAAAGUUAGAAUUCCCAAGUGUUUAUAAAUCAAAACUACCGAUAAGUGGAAGAGUGAGACUUGCAAACUAUCAAAAGAAUACCAAUUAUAGUGUAAAAGUAUCUGUGUCUGAACAGAAAUGGGGUUGUUAUUGGCGAGAUAGUGAAAGAGGUGUUGAACACUACCUAGAUAUUAUACCACUGAAUUCAUUUGACGAAGCUGUAAUCCAUAUACCACCACUUCAUUCUGAGGAGCUAAUAAUCAUUGAAGCUGAAUUGCUAUCACCAUCUUCAGUGGGAAAAGAAGCGAAAAACGAUUCAGAGGAUAUAAAUAAAAUUCUCUCUGAACAAAGAAGAAUACCGUCUAAUAAUUUCUGGUUCAAUAAACCACAAUCAUAUGAAAAUCUAGUUACCGAUAGUGUAACUUUACGAUCAUGGGAUUCAGUUAGUAAAAUUUAUUUACAGUUAUGGCCACCUCAAGAGAAAAUUAUCACAAAAUGUCCAAAUUUAGUCAAACUCACCCUAUUGUCAAAUGUACGUUUAUCAGAUAAAGACAUUUUCAUCGAAUCUCUAGUAAGAGGUGAACAUUUAAAGAUUGUUAUACCACCAGAGAAUGGAAGUGAUACCUAUGAUAAAUGUGUUGAUAGAGAUGAUGAAUUAGGACAUUAUACAUGCUUGGAUACGAGUCCAGAGGAAAUAAAAUGCCUACCAGGUUGGAAUGGUCAAAACUGUUUAGUACCAAUUUGUUCUAAAGACUGUGAUCGAACUGGUGGUUUCUGUUCAAAACCUGGUGAAUGUCAGUGUAAAUCAGGAUGGACUGGUGUUACUUGUAAUCACUGUGUUAUACGUGAAAAGUGUUUACACGGAAAAUGCAUACGUGGUAAUGAUUGUGUCUGUGAAGCUGGAUGGACUGGCUAUACUUGUGAUCGUAAAACUGUAACUUAUGAAGAAGAUGAAGAAGUUUCUAAGACAAAUAAUUCAGAAGUUCUAAGUGAAAAAAUCCCCGCUGACGCUUUAGAUAAUCCAUCUUUCAUUAUGACGACCAUGACCACCUCCUCCUCCUCUACUACAACAUCACCUUCAGAAAUAGACACCAAACCAGUUCGGACAUUUUAUCAACGUGAUAUAGAAUUUAAAAUCGAUGGAUCAUGGGGACCAAAGUUUACAGCUGUGAUUUAUGUUCAUCAUCAACAGGAUGCAUUAUCUCCUGAAGUAAUUUCAACACAACUCACUGUGGAAAAGAUUGAAAACUGUUCAAGUAGUGCAAUUGCACUUCAGUCAGAGUCACAUAAAACUAGCAUUGAAUUUAGUGGGAAAAUUGUUGAUCCUGGACAAAAUAUUGAAAUGACUAUCACUCCACAAGGUGUUUCAUCAUCACUAACAGGUGAACGAUAUGGAUUGAAGAAUAUUUCAACAAACUUCUACCAUAACAAUAGUCAGUUGUCAAAUGAAGUUUGCUUCGUUAGAAUCUCUGACAUAUCAUUAGACAACUUCCAAGGUGACAAAAACCUGAUCAAUUUAAAAUCGUUUUCUGAAAAGUUAACUGAUUUCGCCAUGCAAAAUGCAUUCCGACCUAUUGGUGCUACCUCAACAAAUGAAGCAUUUCAGGCUGCCGGUUUUCAACUAGCUUCAACAUACCCGGAACCAGUGUUUGUUCAUAAUCUUUAUCCAUGCCCUUAUCUUGCCUACUCGAGUUCUGUGGAAGAAUCUGUCCUUGAUGACAGCAAUAUUAACGGCAACAAUCUUCGAGCUGGUGGACGACAUCCAGUGGCAGGUGAAAUGCAUAAAAGCAUGUUUACAUCAGUGAAACCCCGGUUGCGAGACUUCUUCCCUGAAGUAUGGUUGUUCAAAGUCUUUCCUAUCACUGAUAUACAGGUCAUAACUAACGGUGAUGAGGAAGUUGAAAACACAGAAUCUAGGGAAACAGUCAACUAA